AUGUCUGUUGUUAUAGCUUGUUUGGUAGCCUUGGCGUUCUUGUUUGAAUCAUCACAUGCAGCUGGCGGUGCAACCUACAAUGUGGUGAGCUACGGUGCGAGAGGAGAUGGGAAAACAGACUCAACCAAAGCAUUCCUCAGGGCAUGGUCCGCGGCAUGCUUCUCUUCUAGAAGCGCCACCGUUUACGUUCCUCGUGGCACCUUCUUGUUGAAACCUGUAGUUUUCAGCGGCCCAUGCAGAAGUAGCAGAAUUGUGUUUCAGAUGGGAGCGGGAACCAGUACUACUCUAGUUGCCCCUUCGAAUUACUGGGAACUCGGAAACACCGGAAAUUGGAUUUUGUUCAUAAAGGUAACAGGCCUCUCUAUCUACGGAGGUACAGUUGAUGCUCGUGGUGCUGGAUAUUGGCAUUGCAAGAGAUAUGGCAAGAGUUGCACAGCAGGAGCCAGGUCAGUAUCGUUGUUUUGGUGUAGUAAUGUGGUGGUGAGCGGGUUGAGGACCUUGAACAGCCAGACUAUGCAUAUGGCAAUUGACCACAGCAACAAUGUACAUGUUAAAAACGUGUGGAUCAGAGCCCCAAGCGGUAGUCCUAACACAGACGGCAUACACAUUGAAGCUUCGACUGGGAUUACCAUUACUGCCAGCACCAUAAUGACCGGAGAUGACUGCAUAUCACUUGGCUCCGGCGCAAGAAACGUGUGGAUUGAACGCAUAGCCUGUGGCCCUGGACAUGGAAUAAGCAUUGGUAGUCUUGGUGGUUCUGUGAAUGAAGAUGGUGUGCAGAACGUGACAGUAACAAGUUCCGUCUUCACAAAAACGCAAAACGGCGUACGGAUCAAAUCAUGGGCGAGAGCAAGCAAUGGUUUUGCAAGAAACAUUGUUUACCGCAACCUUAUCAUGAAAAAUGUCGACAACCCCAUCAUCAUCGAUCAGAAAUACUGCCCUGGUAACAAAGGUUGUCCUCGUCAGAGCUCUGGCGUGAAGAUUAGCAAAGUGACAUACAAGAACAUAAGGGGCUCAUCAGGCACACAAGUAGCCAUGAACUUCUACUGCAGCCCCAGUAAUCCGUGCUGGGGAAUCAAGCUGCAAGAUAUAAGGCUCACUUAUGGGAAAAAGGCGGCCACUUCCUCUUGUGCCAAUAUCGGUGGGAGCAAGAGUGGAGUGAUCAUACCAAGGAGUUGUUUUUGA